GAGACAACAAGAGACCAAAGCACACCCCAUUCAUCCUCCUCACCAGACCCAUUCAGCCAUGUCUAUCCCUAUGAACUUCUCUGACCUGGCCAAACCAGCCAAUGACAUCCUCGGCAAGGAGUUCCCUGUUGCUGGACACAAGCUUGAUGUCAAGACGGUCGCUCCCAACAAUGUCACCUUCUCCGCAAAAGGUGCUCAAUCCGAGAAGGGUGCCAUCUCUGGCGAGCUCGAGGCCAAGUGGGCUGACAAGGCCAAUGGUUUGACCUUGACACAAGGCUGGACCACUCAAAACAAGCUCAACUCAAAGCUUGAACUCGAAGACCAAUUCGCCAAGGGUCUCAAGUUGGAACUCUCCACUGCUUUUGAACCUGCAUCGACGGCUCGUGCCGGUAAGCUUGGUUUGUUGUACAAGCGUCCCAACUUCCACGGACGAUCCUUCUUGGACUUGACUGGCAAGACGGGUCCCGUGUUGACGACUGAUGCAGUGGUGAGUCACGAUGGUUAUUUCGCUGGUGCUGAGGCAUCCUACGAUAUUCAAGGUGGAGAUGUGCAGCGGUACUCGUUGGGUGUUGGGUACGCGACACCACUUGUGGGUGUUGCGGUGCAGGCCAACAACAAGUUGAGCGUGUACACGGCUAGCUACUACCACCGUGUGAAUGCCAAUGUUGAGGCAUCGGGUCGGGUGACGUGGGAUUCGCUUGCUGGUGAUAAGGUGCUGGCUGAGGUGGGUGGCAAGUACACAUUGGACCGAUUGUCUGCUGUGAAGGCUAAAGUGAACAAUGCUGCAGUUGCACAGUUCUCCUACUACCAGGUCAUCAGGCCUGGAGUGAAGCUUGGCUUGGGUCUUGCUGUGGACACGCAGAAGAUGGGUGAGCCUGUGCACAAGAUUGGCUCUCACAUUGAGUUUAGCGGAUAGGAGCGAGGAAGAAGCAGAGUGAGGACCUGAUGUAGAGAUGUGUUUCUUCUACUGCUCUAGUACUAUACUGCCACUGCCACCACUCCUACUACACUACUACUAUACUCCUACUAGUGACAGUAUUUCCAUCUGAAGUAGAAUUCGCAGUCACAGCGCGGGAAAACAAAAUUUGGAUCACUGAGAGAGAGAGAAG